AUGCGUGCGUUGCGUGUAAACCGGCAGCUGCAGUGGCCCUUGGUACAGGCUGGAACCUGGAGUCGGAAGGAUGAGCAGCUGCACAAGCUCCCAGAGCCCCUAGAGCAGGGCAGAGAACAUGCUUGGACGCAGCCGGACGCAGCCGGAAGUCCGCAGCCGGAUGCACUGUGGACUUCCGGUCCGGGCUCCUGGUACAAUGGUAGCUGCUCCAGCAUACAGAGAGCUCGAAGCAGUGGGCAUGACUUGGCACAAGCUGGAACCCAUGGAUAG